AGUUCUUCCUACCCUCAGGAGGGUCAAAGUCUGUACGAAACCUACGCCAGACUUCACAGUUAACGCGAUUUCACUUCAACAGGAGGACUAACGAAGUUUUUAUUUUUCAAGAUGAUGGCUCCGCUGCUGAAAUGCAGCCUUCUUCUGGCGUUUUUCCUAACGCUUGUCCCUGCGGGAUCAGAAGGAAAAGGGCUGAUGUUAAAGAGACAGAAGAGAGAGUGGAUCAUAGCUCCCAGACAGCUCAAGGAGAACCACGAUUACACUGGAUUGCCAAGUAUCGCCAGAAUUCGCUCUGAUAAGGAGAACUUUACAAAGAUACUGUAUUAUCUAUCGGGGCCUGGUGUUGACCUGCCACCUCAAGGUGUAUUUGAUAUAGACCGUAACACUGGCUUUGUCAAAAUCUUUUCCAUUCUGGACCGAGAGAAGAUGGCCUUCUAUAAUUUAAAAGGUGUGGCAAAAUACACAGACGGGACCUACGCUGAAAGGGAUAUCGACCUGAACAUUACUGUUGUGGAUGAGAAUGACAACCCACCAAUCAUUAAAGUGCAGCAAGUCGGAUUUGUCAAUGAAUCAUCUGCAGCAGGUACUGUUGUGAUGAGAGUGAUAGCUACUGAUGCUGAUCAACAGGGCACAGCCCACUCUGAGAUCCACUACAGCAUUGUGGAGCAGAGUAGCACAGCUGGGAUGUUCUUCAUCAACUCUAAGACUGGAGAGGUCUCGGUUCGGCAGAACACUUUAGAUCGGGAGAAAAAAGAUACCUAUACAUUGACUAUAGCAGCUUCAGACAUGGGUGGACGAGGAGGAGGAAACACAGGAAGUGGAGAAGUUACUGUCAAAAUUCUGGACAUAAAUGACAAUAUUCCCACCCUGGAGAAAGAAUCGUAUGAAGGGAGUGUGAUGGAGAACACUGUCAAUGUGGAAGUGAUGAGGGUCAAAGCCAUUGACAUGGAUCUGAUUCACACUGAAAACUGGAUGGCUGUCUAUGAAAUUGUCACAGGGAAUGAGGCAGGCUAUUUCACUAUCACUACUGAUUCUAAGACCAAUGAAGGGAUUAUCACAAUUAACAAGGCCUUGGACUAUGAGGAACUUAAGAUGCUCAAUUUGGAAAUAGCUGUUGCCAACAAAGCAGAGUACAACUUUGGCAGUGGGCGCCCAACUGGGCCCAUUACCGCAAAACCUUACCCUGUUAAAAUCAAUGUUCUCAAUCAGAAGGAAGGCCCUAGAUUCCAACCAACUAUCAAAGUGGUGAGUCUUUCAGAGGACCACCAAUCUGUCUCCAUCCACAAAGUCAUCGACAACUAUGCUGCUAUUGACAGCGACACGCUACAGACAGCCACCAACGUAAGGUAUGCUAAAAACAAGGAUGCAGACAACUGGUUGAUUAUUGAUGAAAAGACAGCAGAUAUCAAGCUGAAUAAAAUGCCUGACAGGGAGUCCAAGUUCUUGAUCAACGGAACAUAUUAUGCUGAAAUUAUAUGCAUCAGCAAUGAUAUUCCCUCAAAAACUGCCACAGGAACCAUAGCCAUUCAGGUGGAGGACCUUAAUGAUGAAUGUCCAGAACUGACCACUACAACUCAAACCCUUUGCCUUGAGGAUAAUGUGAUCUACGUCACAGCCAUAGACAAAGAUGAAUUCCCCAAUUCUGCACCAUUUCAGUUCACUGUGAUUGAGGGGGAAAGCAAGGGGAAAUGGACAGUCGAGCGUCUUAAUGCAACCACAGCCAUUCUAAGAGACCAUGCCAACUGGCCAGGCGUGUACAAAGUGGUGAUGGAAAUCACAGACCAGCAGGGAAAGUCAUGUGAUGAUGUUCAGGUGAUGGACGUAACUGUGUGUAGUUGCCUUGAAAACACUAAAACCUGUAGACCAAGUCGUGAAAAAACUACAGAACUUGGAGCUUCGGGUAUCCUGCUUCUGCUCCUGGGACUGCUGCUCCUUCUGUUGCUGCCCCUUCUCCUGCUGUUCUGCCUGUGUGGAGGUGUAUCAGCUCUUGGAGAUUUCAAGCCCAUUCCAUUUGAUACAAAACAACAACUCAUCUCAUAUCACACUGAAGGACAGGGAGAAGACAAGGAAGUUCCUCUUAUGCAUGUGCCAGUAGAAGCUGGUGGUGCCACAGUAAAUGCAGAGAACAUGAACACCUUUGAUGGAAAGGUGAACUUAGGAGGACUGAUUGAAUUAGGAGCUGCGGCAGGUGGAGGAGCAGCUUUCGGCGGUGGCAUGAACACCUUGACCAAAGAGAACAUGCACAUGUACAACACGUAUAACUCACAGAUGGGGAUGGACUACAUGGAUGGUGGGAUGAUGACAGGACAAGAACAUCUUUACUCCCGAUACAAUGCUGGCGCCUUUGAUGGGAUGGCUCUAUCCGAGCAGUUCCUUGGGGAGUAUUAUUCAAGUAAAGCCAACCAUGCUGUAAACCAAUCCCAGCAGAAGGACUCUCUGCUGGUCUAUGACUAUGAGGGCCAGGAGUCUCUGGCAGGUUCUGUAGGUUGCUGCAGCCUUCUUGAGGACGAUAACGACCUUGCCUUCCUCAAUGAUCUUGGGCCUAAAUUUAAAACCCUUGCUUCGAUUUGUCAGGGGACGACAUUGGUGACCGAGUCUGUUGCUGCAGGGGUUUCUGUCUCUCCACCCAGACCAGUGUCUCCUGUCUGGCCUUCCACCUCCACCCAUACACACGUCAGUACGCACACAGAAACAAUCAGGGACAGGGACCGUGUCAACAUCAACACUCUCAAUACCUCCAAUGUAGCAUCUGAAUCCUCCACCAUCGUGCAGGAGGAGCGGAUCACUGGGAGAGCCCAGGGUUCAGCCACUCUUCCCACAGUACGUGUCCAAGACAAGGUUGUGGUUCCUAGUCAGACGCUGCUCAUACAGCAGCCCACUAUGUACUAUGCUGCCACGCCCAUGUAUGUAGUCGAGUCCAAGCCCCAAAUGGUGCUUGUGGAAGGGGGGACCCAGCAGACUGUAGGCCAGGUUGGACUAAGUCAGGGGCUGGUGCAGGUUGGUGGCAUGCAAGGUACUCAGGGAGUGGUGCAGGUUGGUGGCAUGCAAGGUACUCAGGGACUGGUGCAGGUUAGUGGCAUGCAAGGUAGUCAGGGACUGGUGCAGGUUAGUGGCAUGCAAGCUGCCCCGGGUGUGGUCCUUGUAGACAGGCAAGUAGGUGUGGGCGGAGCGACAGGGCAGAUAGCACAAGGCCUUUCAAAAGGAACCAUUUCAAGGUCCAGGCAAGUGUUGUUGGUGGAGAACGGGUCCUCGGGUGGAGAGCAAGCUGCACACUUAGCACAGGGCUUUGUUCAGACAGGGCUUGCAGAGCAGGGCUUGGAGGUUAGAGGGCAAGGGCUAAAUGUUCAAACUCAGAGCUUUUUGCUCGGUUCAGGCAGUUCAACUGGGUCAAAUGAGGACUUUGCUGUGACAGCCACACCCAAUUUGCAAGGGAGCCAGAGAGUUGUUGUGCAACGAAAGAAGGUGUCAGUCACUGAGAGGAAUGUUGAAUCUGCUACAAGAGCAUAAAGCAGCCCUUUUGUUUGGCAUAUACUGCCACACUUUAUUGAGUAUACUGAAGUAUAUUUUAGUAUACUAAAAUAUGCUACAGCAUAUGAAUACAUAUAUAUUUAUACAGAUUGUGAUAACUUGUGGUAAAACUGGUAAAAGGAUUGUUUAGUCUGCUGAACCAAAUGUGCAAUACUGUAUGUCCUCAUCGAGUGAUGACACUACUGCUCAAAGUAAACGUGGUAUUAAUGGCUGUAAAAGGCAUUGGAUAUCUAUACUGAUGCUGUUUAGGAAAAUUACAUUUUCUUGAAAAGUGCAUUCAUUUCUAAUGUGCUACCUGCUAAAAUAAGGCUCUGUUGGCAUUAGUUGAAAGUGUAUAUUUCACAGUAUUAAUGCAAAGUAAAGCAGCAGGUUUCAUGACAUCUGCUGUGAUGCUCCAGCUGAGGAAAAAUCUUCUGUGGUCCCGAGAAUGACAAUUCAGGCAACAAAUUGACAGCCGUAAAAAUGCUGCAUUUAUUUCAGGUACAAAACUAGCGUGGCUUCAAGGACAGGCAGAGUAUAUGUGACAGAACUAAAACAAAGUUGCAAACCUCUGACCUUAUCCCUUUAAGAAAAAUGAAGAAAUUAAAAAGAGCAGAGUUCAAACAAAAAGCUUCACGCAUACAUCUCAGAUUGCAUCUUAAUGCAAGUGUCAGCUAGCCUAAGAUGCACUUAUGUGCUCAUAUGGUCUCACAAGGUUAAUAUAACCGAUGGAUAGUUGGUAUGGAUUCAAAUCAUACUUAUUGCUUUUCAAGAACAAGACUAAACAUGGAAAUAAAACUUUAAAAAAAUCUUUAGACACUUCUUGUACUGUUUAAAUGACUGUAUUUUAUAGGGUAGUGUGAUUCUAGCUAUGCUAUGGUUGCAUUUUGGAGUUUAUAGUAAACUAGUAAUAGUUUAUCUUUAGCCAUAAGCCGUUCUGCUGAACUGAAGAUUGUUGGACUUAGUUGUACUGUAACUUAUCAGGAAGUGGUAUAUGGUUGCCCACUGCUUGGAACAUAGAUAAAUGCUGUUUGUUUUGUACAACUGAUGAAAGCCGCCCCUGCAGAAGAACUAAAGCCUAGCUAGAUCUAGGGAGGAGUGUUUUUAUCAGUAGAUAACAUCACAGUCAUUACAUAAUAUAAACCAAAGAAGAGAAUACUACACAGAUUCUCUAUUGUUGCACUCUUUUUAUUAUGUUUUACGCAAUGUGUGUGGGUUUCUAAAAUUGUGUUUUUACAAUAAGUGUUAACUCAAAUGAUUAAAAAAAAGUGGAAAAUUGCCAAAUUUUUUAAAACGUGUACAAUAGCUAGCAGCCCUAUUUUUACAAAUGUAUUGUAUGUCGUAAUCGUCAGAUAUGCUUUUAAUAUGUUGCUUUUAUUGUGUGUUUCUGUGUGAGUGUGUAUAGGUAAAAUACUGUAAUCUGGUUAUGUGGAUAGACGCAGUAAGGAAGAGCUUGCCAAGCACUGAGAACAUUUGGUGGAAUGACGCUGUUUGAUAUUGCUGCUCUUGCUAAUGAUAUAUAUGUAUUUUCAGCUCUACUUUCUAUGCUGUAUGAAUUCAUAUAUUGCUUUAGAACAGUGCACCACUAAAGCGGCCUUAUUGGACAUGUUGUCGAGCAUGUUCUUUUUUUGUAAGAUUUGCACCUCCUGUCGUAAUAAAAUAGAAUAAAACAAUAAAAAAAUGUUGU